GAGAGAUGAGCAACAACAGUAAUAAAAGAGCACCCACGACAGCAACGCAGAGGCUUAAACAAGACUACCUGCGAAUUAAGAAAGAUCCAGUGCCUUAUAUCUGUGCAGAACCCCUCCCAUCCAAUAUCCUUGAAUGGCACUAUGUUGUACGAGGACCUGAAAUGACUCCAUAUGAAGGUGGCUAUUAUCAUGGGAAACUAAUAUUCCCCAGAGAAUUUCCUUUUAAACCUCCUAGUAUUUAUAUGAUUACUCCUAAUGGAAGGUUUAAAUGUAAUACAAGGUUGUGUCUUUCAAUCACUGAUUUUCACCCUGAUACAUGGAAUCCAGCUUGGUCAGUCUCAACUAUCUUGACAGGCCUUCUUAGUUUUAUGGUGGAAAAGGGUCCCACACUGGGCAGCAUAGAGACCUCAGAGUUCACAAAAAGACAACUUGCUGCACAAAGUUUAGCAUUUAAUUUAAAGGAUAAAGUCUUCUGCGAGCUCUUCCCUGAAGUGGUGGAGGAAAUCAAACAGAAACAGAAAGCACAAGACGACCUCAGUAGCAGACCUCCAUCCCUCCCUUUGCCAGAUGUUGUGCCGGAUGGGGAAGCACACUACGGGCAAAACGGAAUCCCCCUCCUUAAUGGGCACGUUCAGCUGGCGCCUGCUAAUCAUCCGGGUCUCCAACAAGCCAAUCGGAACCAUGGACUCUUAGGAGGAGCUUUGGCGAACUUGUUUGUUAUAGUUGGUUUUGCAGCCUUUGCCUACACAGUCAAGUAUGUACUGAGGAGCAUAGCACAAGAAUGAGGAGCAUAACAGAAAUCCAAGACCAAAAUAGUGGUAGUUGCAGAAUGAGUGGGACUCUUUGGGCAUCUGACUUUGCUACUGGGUUGAAUAUUUGUGCUACCGACUUGCAGACAAAGCAUUGGUUGGCUCAUGAGUUAAGUUUGUAAGCUCAGUUAGUCAGACAACUAAAAGAUGUUCUGCUCACAGAUCCUGUUGUCCUCACUACUGCUCAGUAGUGGCUCUCAAACAAGUCAAAGCAUUGUUGAUGCGAAGGUGGCAUUACUAAUGCUUUGAUUUUUAUAGCAUUUCUCCAUUCUGUUAUUUGAAAUUUGAAAAUAUUAAGCAAAUAAGGCUUUUUACUAGAUUGAACAAUUUUUAAAAUUUCACACUUGAUGCAUAUCAUAUUUUAGGUUCAUUAGCAAAAAGUCUGUAUAAGGUUGAAAGGAGUUAAGUGGAGACAGUAAGGGUCUGGUUAAUGUGAACAAUGAUACUACAGAAGAUAGCUGGUUUCUUUUUAUAAAAUAGAAUGAACAUCAUUGCAUAUCUAGUCAGUAGUGAUUAGAUCAGUGGGAAAGUAACACCAUGUGUGUUAAAUGUGUUGUCUAAAUUGUCACAAUAUAACUUAAGAAGGUCUUAUUUGGGCUACAAGAAGUGCAGUUGUUGGCCAUGAGAAAACAAUUAACCAGAAAAAAAAUUAAAUCAGUCGUAAUGUGGGGGUACUGAUACUCAAUAUU